CUCUCCUCCUCCUCGCUCCCUCCCUCCUUCCCGCUCGCCUUCCCUCCCUCCUCCCCGGUGCCGCAGCUGGAUUUCGGGGGCAGGCUUCCAGCGCUGCCCGCUUGUUUUUCCCGAGCCCGGAGCCGUGCGGGAGUGAUUUCGGGAAGAGGGUGAGGAGGGAGCCGGCGGGACCGUGCUGGGCACAGGCAGCUGGAGGAUGAACGGCGAAGCUGAGUGCCCUGCAGACCUGGAAAUGACAGCUCCCAAAAACCAAGACCGCUGGUCACAGGAGGACAUGCUAACCCUCCUGGAGUGCAUGAAGAAUAACCUGCCCUCCAACGACGGGAGCAAGUUCAAAACCACCGAGUCCCACCUGGAUUGGGAAAAAGUGGCUUUCAAGGACUUCUCAGGGGAGAUGUGCAAGAUGAAGUGGAUGGAGAUCUCUAAUGAGGUGAGGAAAUUCCGGACCCUCACAGAGCUCAUUAUGGACGCUGAAGAGCACGUGAAGAAUCCUUACAAAGGCAAAAAGCUCAAGAAACACCCCGACUUCCCCAAGAAGCCCCUGACUCCCUAUUUCCGCUUCUUCAUGGAGAAGCGAGCCAAAUACGCCAAGCUUCACCCCGAAAUGAGCAACCUGGAUCUCACCAAGAUCCUGUCCAAAAAAUACAAGGAGCUUCCCGAGAAGAAAAAGAUGAAAUAUAUCCAGGACUUCCAGCGAGAGAAGCAGGAGUUUGAGAGGAACUUGGCGAGGUUCAGGGAAGACCACCCGGAUCUCAUCCAGAACGCCAAGAAAUCCGACGUCCCCGAGAAGCCCAAGACCCCCCAGCAGCUGUGGUACAACCACGAGAAGAAGAUCUACUUGAAAGUGCGUCCAGAUGUGAGUACGGCCACCACGAAGGAGGUGAAAGAGUCGCUGGGCAAGCAGUGGUCUCAACUCUCGGAUAAAAAGAGGCUGAAAUGGAUUCAUAAGGCCCUGGAACAGCGGAAGGAGUACGAGGAGAUCAUGCGGGAUUACAUCCAGAAGCACCCGGAGCUGAACAUCAGCGAGGAGGGAAUCACCCGCUCCACCCUCACCAAGGCCGAGAGGCAGCUCAAGGACAAGUUCGACGGACGACCCACAAAACCUCCCCCGAAUAGCUACUCCCUGUACUGUGCAGAGCUGAUGGCCAACAUGAAAGACGUGCCCAGCACGGAGCGGAUGGUGCUGUGCAGCCAGCAGUGGAAGCUGCUCUCCCAGAAGGAAAAGGACGCCUACCACAAAAAGUGUGACCAGAAAAAGAAAGAUUACGAGAUCGAGCUGCUCCGCUUCCUGGAGAGCCUGCCCGAGGAGGAGCAGCAGCGGGUGCUGGGCGAGGAGAAGAUGCUGGGCAGCAACCGGAAAGGGGCGACGAGUCCUGCGUCCAAAAAGUCCUCACCAGAGACCGGCAAGGCCAGCUCAGAGAAGCCCAAGAAGCCCAACUCAGCCAUGUUCAUCUUCUCGGAGGAGAAGCGGAAGCAGCUGCAGGAGGAGCGGCCGGAGCUGUCAGAGAGCGAGCUGACCCGGCUCCUGGCUCGCAUGUGGAACGACCUCUCCGAGAAGAAGAAGGCCAAGUACAAGGCGCGGGAGGCGGCGAUGAAAGCGCAGUCAGAGAAGAAGCACGGCUCAGAUAAGGAGGAGCGUGGGAAGCUGCCCGAGUCUCCCAAAACUGCCGAGGAGAUCUGGCAACAGAGCGUCAUCGGGGACUACCUGGCUCGUUUCAAGAACGACCGGGGCAAAGCGCUGAAGGCCAUGGAGGCCACUUGGAACAACAUGGAGAAGAAGGAGAAGCUGAUGUGGAUCAAGAAGGCAGCGGAGGAUCAGAAGCGAUACGAGAGGGAGCUGAGCGAGAUGAGGGCCCCUCCGUGCUCCACCAACUCCACCAAGAAAAUGAAAUUCCAGGGAGAGCCGAAGAAACCCCCAAUGAACGGUUACCAGAAGUUCUCCCAGGAGCUCCUGUCCAACGGGGAGCUGAACCACCUCCCGCUGAAGGAGCGCAUGGUGGAGAUCGGCAGCCGCUGGCAGCGCAUCUCCCAGGGCCAGAAGGACCACUACAAAAAACUGGCAGAGGAGCAGCAGAAACAGUACAAGGUGCACCUCGACAUCUGGCUCAAGAGCCUCUCGCCCCAGGAGCGGGCUGCGUACAAGGAGCACAUUUCCAACAAACGCAAGAGCAUAGGGAAGAUCCGGGGUCCCAACCCCAAGAUGAAGCCAACGAUGCAGUCCAAGUCGGAGUCAGAGGACGAUGACGAGGAGGAAGAGGAGGAGGAGGAUGACGAUGAAGAUGAGGAUGAGGAUGACGAUGAUGACAACGGCGACUCGUCAGAGGAAGGCGGCGACUCCUCGGGGUCCAGCAGCGAGGAGGAGAGCGAGGACGGGGACGAGAACGACGACGAUGAUGAGGAUGAGGAUGAUGAGGACGAGGACGACAACGACUCAGAGGGCAGCAGCAGUUCCUCCUCCUCCUCGGGGGACUCCUCCGACUCCGACUCCAACUGAUCGGCCAAGCUCUUUGUAACGUCGUUUGGUUUCUCGGUUUCGGUCCCAAAUCCCCCCUGCAGCCCCUCAAAAUCCUUCCUCCUCUUCCUCCUGCCCCCCAGCGCGGGGAGCGGGGGCCGGGGGGACCCCUCCGCCGAGCUCACACUACGGAGGGGGAUCAGGGGCUGCUCCCCCCAGGCUGGGGGGCCAGGAGAGAGCCCCCCACCCCUGCCCCCCGCUUUACUCCCGAGGGGAAGCGAUUUUUUUUUUGGAAUUUCAUUCUUUCCAGGGGGGCGUCUCUCCAUCCCUACCCCCAUCACCCCCUCGCUACCAGCUCUGGACUUUCUAGAAAGAGAAGAAAAACACACAGGAAAAAAAGACAAACAAACAAACAAAAAACAAAACAAA